AUGGCGUCUCAAGAGCAGAACAUGCCCUUUAUCAGGAACCUGGCUUCCAGCGACCGCAAACUCCGAACCCAAGCCCUGACCUCCCUCCAAACCUUCCUCGGCUCCCACCGCUCCCUCUCCCACCUCGAAGCCCUCAAGCUCUGGAAGGGCCUCUUCUACGCAAUGUGGAUGUGCGACCGCCCCAUUCCCCAGCAGAACCUCGCCUCCGAGCUCGCCUCCCUGACAGCCUGCCUCCGCAACGACGACGUCCCCACCUGGCUCGCCGCCUUUUGGGAAAUUCUCUCCAAGCAGUGGACAGACAUUGACGUUCUUCGCAUGGAAAAGUUCCUCCUCCUCGUCAGACGCACUUUUACGUCCGGACUGCAGUGGGUCAAGGAGGGAAACUACGACGCGGGACGGGUCGACGCGCUGAUCAAGGUGUACGGCGAGUGGCCGUUUGAGCUCGAGGGCGAUUUGCGAAAGGUGCCCAUCGGGCUAAGGCUCCACGGCCUCGACAUCUGGGUCGACGAGCUCGACAGGUUGGAAAUGCUGGAGGAGAAGGAUGCCAAGGCGGUAGACUUUGCGAGAAAGCUCAGCCAGCUCGUCGAGCCGCUCAAGAAGUCGCCCGUCAAGACCGUGCGGGCCAAGGCUGCGGCUGUGGUCGAGGACGAGAGGUUGCCGUGGACGGAGAGCAAACCUACUGAGGAGGAGGAAGCGGCGGACGGGGAUGAUGAUGAAUGGGGUGGCAUUGACGAUAAAUAG